GAAACUUGGAUGUACCCACCAAUUCUAAUGUUCAGGCCUGACUUGGCCAAGGAAAUGCUCAAAUACCGGAUGCAGGGCAUAUCGGAAGCUCAACAGAGAGCGGCUCAAGAUGGAUAUGAAGGAGCCCGAUUCCCGUGGGAGAGUGCCUUCACUGGAGCAGAAGUUACACCCGAUAUAUGCCCACUUUGUCGAGAAAAUCAACAACACAUCACUGGUGACAUCGCCUUAGCCGCCCGACAAUUGAUCUCCAUGACUCUAGACAUUGAUUGGUUGACUGAAACUCCUUAUGGAGUGAAUAUCACCGAAAAUGGAGCUCAAUUCAUUCUGGAGAUGGCCAAGUUCUGGGCUUCAAGGCCGACUUACAACGAAACCAAAGGACAAUAUGAGAUCAAUGAGGUGAUGCCGCCGGAUGAGCACCAAGAGCACGCGCAUAAUUCAAUCUAUACUAAUUUGAUUGCUAAUUAUGCGGUGAAUACAGCCAGAUGGACUGAAUGCCUCAUUAGUGGUUCAGCUAUGGCUUCACAAUCCGUACCUGAUGUAUGGUUGGAGCGAAUGAAAAAUCUCGUGUUUCUGUUCAACAAAGACAAGCGGUACCAUGAAGAAUAUGAAGGGUUUGACAUGGAAUAUGAAAGUGGGACGUUGGAUCCCAGAGGAAUUAAGCAAGCCGAUGUGGUCCUUCUUGGGUUCCCGUUAAACUGGGACAUGCCUGAAGACGUCCGACGCAAUGAUUUGGAACUAUACGAACCCAUUACCAAUCCUGAUGGCCCAGCCAUGACAUGGGGAAUUUUUGCCACUAGUUGGCUUGAACUUGGAAAUGAAACUAAAGCUCAAAAUCUUUUUACGCGGAGCUAUGAUCCAUAUGUACGGGAACCUUUCAAGAUUUGGACUGAGGUGCAAUCAGGCGUUGGGGCCGUCAAUUUCAUCACGGGGGCCGGUGGAUUUUUACAAGCAUUGAUGUUUGGUUAUGGUGGUAUGCGGAUCAAACCCUAUAGUUUCGAGUUCUCAUCGACUUUUAUGCCGCAAGACGUCGAAACGCUCAAAUUUGUUGGUCUGGUUUACCUUGGUACCACAUUUGACCUAACAUUGGAGAAUGACAAUGUGGAUAUUCAAAUCAACAAAGCUGGCCAAGUUCCCCUUGAACUGACCUUUCAAGAUGGAUCCUCAGACAGCUUUUCAGGAACGACCUUCAAUUUCCCUCGGCAGGAUUUCAAAUUGGCCCCGCAGGAAAAGCCACUCUGUGACACGCCGAAAGAUGAAAUAAAUGUCAUUUAUGAUUGAGCUCGCUUGUACUUUUCCAGCGUGGAUUUUUUCUCAUUUCCGUUCUCACAUAGCAUUGUAUCCCAACCCUAGUUCGGGAUAUUGAGGGUCAUCUCCUCCCACUGCGCUGAGAGGAGACAAAUCCAGAGGAUACGAUUGGCCUAACCAAGAGGCAUGAAUGGUGUGGUCGUCGAUUUCGUUGUUCCCCAAUGGAUGGAUGAAAAUCGUCAGGUCGCCACGAUUUAAGAGUAUAAAACUCAGGAACUUGGCAUAGGAUUCCCGUGGCACCCAGGUCUGUUAUGAAGAGAGUGAGUGAUAUUUUUGAAGACACCACUUAGGAGUUGCAUGUGAGCCGGCCAUUUACCUCGAAACUUCCGCAAGAAUGUGGUCCAAUGGGUUGGACAUUGAAACCAGGUACUUCAUCUUCAUUGAUCGUGGGCAGGAUCUCAUUUGUGAUGCCAUCGCAAACCACGGUGAAGUUCCCAUUGUGCACUUCGUCAACAAUCUUCUCCUUCAAAGUCAGGGC